AUGAAGUCUUUCUUGAAUGAUGGAAACAAUACUACUACUGCUACUACUACUAAUCAUGAUGAUGAUAGUAACAAUCAUAACUGGUUGAUGGGUUUCUCUCUCUCACCCCACCACCACCACAACAUGAAAAUGGAGUUGAAUAAUCCUUCUUCAACAAUGUGUUAUGCUGAAAACCCUUCUCCCUUUCAUUCUUCUCCUUCUCUGGCUAUGAUGCCACUCAAAUCUGAUGGCUCACUCUGCAUAAUGGAAGCUCUCACUACAUCACAAACCCAAGUGAUGGUGCCAAGUUCUUCAUGUUCAUCUCCAAAGCUUGAGGACUUUCUAGGUGGUGCAACAAUGGGAGCUCAUGAAUAUGGUGAACAUGAAAGAGAAGCAAUGGCUCUAAGCUUAGACAGCAUUUACUAUAACAAUAGCCAUCAUCAUCAUCAUCAAAAUUCUGAGGCUGAAAACAACAACAGACAACAACAUUGUUCUUCUAAUUCUUCUUUGGACCUUAUUCUCUCAGACCCUUUUAAGCAACAAGGGCAUAAUAGUAAUAAUCAUCAUCAUGAACAUGAUCAUGAUGUGAAUCAAUACUAUUCAGCACUUGGCUGCAGCAAUGAUGGUUCUACUAACAUUCUACCAUUUGUUGAAGAAGAAGAAGAAGAAACAACAAAGGAACCUCAUCAUCAAAUGCAUCAAGAACAAGAGAAUAAUAAUUGCUUCAUCAGAAACUGGGUUAAUGGAAAUAAUAAUAAUAAUAAUAAUAAUAAUGGAAUGGUGGAAAGUGUUAAUGUGAAUGUUAAUGGUGGAGGUGGGAAUUUGAAGACUUUAAGUCUUUCAAUGAGUCCUGGUUGUUCAUCUACUUCUCAAUCAUCAUCAAGCCAUGUAAGUGUUUCAACAACUACUCAUAAUCAUAAUCAGAUCUCAGCAGGUUCUUCUUCUUCAAAUUCUUGCAAGGCCAUGGUGGAAGUUGCAAAGAAUAAUAAGAGAGGACACAAUAAUAGUAUGUAUAUAUAA